GUGAGAGAGGGCAGACACAGCUCAACUGUUAAAAAUCUGGAGAUCUGAGAAAGCCUCACAUUGAGUGAGUGUGUGUGAGAGAGAGGACGCUGCAGAAGGUUUUCCUGCAGAGUCUCUGACGGCGUUUGAUGUGGAUGGGGCUGCUCAGAAAGGACUUCCCAAAAUUCAAGUCAGCUACAAUGAACUUGAGGAGGUGAAGGUGGAUGGAUCCCCAGAUUGGAAUCAUUGCACUAUGGAGAUGUUUUUGAGGAAGAGCUUUGUUUGGAUACUACUAAACGGAGCAGUUUGUUUGUUGGUUUUUGGGGAACAUCACGGCAACUCCACCUUCAGCAGGAGAGUUUCACCUGAACUCAACAUGGACCAACACCCAUUUUUACAGAAAAACUGGGCACCCAAAACAACGAGUUUAAAUCAGGACCCCAAACUACCCAUAAUGCCUCCAACAAAACAGGGACUUCUAGACAUACUUGGAGGAAACCUCCAGUCACACUCCAGGCCACCCUUAAACAUAAAGCUUCGUCCUGUCAUGAGAAUCCACGGGUCCUCUAAGUUCUCCAAGAGGUUCAGUUGGGGGGACUUUUACUCAAACAUCAAAACUGUCAAACUCAAUUUGCUGAUAAUGGGCAAAAUCGUGGAUCAUGGGAACGGUUCUCUUGGAGUUUACUUCCGUCACAACUCCACAGGUGUUGGCAACGUGUCUGUCAGUCUCGUCCCACCCAUGAAAGAGCUGGAGUUUGAUCUGGAGCGCCAAAGUGUGGUCAACCCCAAAGACUCGAAGACGUUCAACUGCAGGGUGGACUACGAGAAAACUGAGCGCAAUAAAAAGGUGAUGCUGUGCAACUAUGACCCGUCCAAAACGUGUUCUCAGGAGCAGGUGCAGAGCCACGUCACCUGGAUGUGCUCCAAACCCUUCCAUGUCAUCUGCAUCUAUGUGUCCUUUUACAGCACAGACUACAGACUGGUUCAAAAAGUCUGUCCAGAUUACAACUACCAGAGUCCAGAAGCGUACCUACCCAAAGGUUAACCAGAGUUCAAGCUGCAAGAAUCCUGCUUGAGACAGUCUGAUGGACUUUAAAGAGGAUUAAAACAUCCAGUAUUUCCUGAGACAUCAAGCUUUUUAAAAGUCUUACUUUUACAAACAUUAUCAAGUGUAGAAUAUUUUGCUCAUUGUGGACUAUACAAGAAUUUUUAAUGACAGAGAUAGAGCCAAGGCUGCAGUUUAAAAAUGUGUCUAUCAAUUAAUGUAAGUACUGUUUCUACUAAUAGUUGGCUUCAUGAGAAGAAAGAAAGAAACAAAGAAACUCAAACAUUCGUAGUUUACUGUAGAACAUGCUUCAUAUCUGGCAGCAGAUCCAUGGUUAUGUUUCAUGUUUUUCAAGACUACUGCUAAAUCAAUAAAUCAAAUCAUAAAAUGGUUCUGUAUGUUUGCUUUAAGAUCCCAAAUACUUAAUUUCAGCUGGAUUACAGCACUUUUUUGCUUGUGAGGGCUAAUGUGUCAUCAUUUCCAAUUUAUUUUUGGCUGUAAUAUUACAGGUAUAUCUUACUUGGAUUUUUGUCAUAUUGUCGCUUCCAGGCAGUAAUUUCAUAAUUUUAAUUUAUAUUCAAUGAGUCAAUGCUAUUGAUCUCCAUUGGUCUGUCAGUAGGCUUUCUAAAAUAUAAUAGAUGAAAAAGUAUUGGAGAAAGCUUGUGGUUGAAUCUCAUGCAAUGUUUAGUUAUGUGACAAACAUGUUUUUUUUUAUUCCUUGAAAGCAGUAGUCUUAGUGAUACAAGGUUUCUGCCUGACAAUGACAAUAUGUUAAUCGCUUGUGUUAUCUUUGGGACCAUGAAAGGGCUUUAAAUAAUCUGAAGUCACAAAAGGCUUACUUCAUCACACUAAACCUUAUUUCUACGUUUGUAUUUUCCAGAUUUUAAAAUUGCUUCAUGUGGAAUAAAGUCAGUACUUUGUAGAAACCUAUGGGAAAAUAUAAAGUCUUUCACUCAAUUGUAUUAAAUAACAACAAAGCUUUUAAA